AUGAGUGUGGCAGCGUGGUGGGGUGGACAGAGCUUGGGCUUUGCAGCCAGCGUUGGCUGGGAACCAGCUCUGUUCUCAGUGUGGAAGCUGGGAAGGACAUCUGGAAUCAUCUGGUACAAGACCACAUCAGGUGAAAAAACUGAAACACAGAGCAAGUUGGUGGCAGCCCCAAGUUCACAGAGAGUGGAGCUGAACAAGAAGCCAGGUCUCGUGACCCCAAUCCAAUGCCACAUCUACCACCAGAACUACCGCAGUCUCUUUUCUCCUGUAAAUAAGCCUGAAGAUGUGGAGACCUCUUCAUUGGAAAAUGAGGAUGAUGCCAACUCAGAGAAAAGCAAAACACAGAGAGUGAUUUCAAUUGACACCUUUUUGAGCACCUGGAUCCAGCUGUGCCUGAAGCAGGUGAUACAUGGACUUUUAAAUUACAGGAGCAAGCACUGUGCUUAUCAUAGAUAUUCAAGAAUCCAGGUUGAUGGAGCAGCUGCCAUCUCUAAUGUUGCUGGCCACCAUGACAGAGGAAAACAGAAUCUAGAAAAAGCUACACUGGCUCUUAAAGCUUCUGUCCAGGAUGGAUACAGGUUGCUUCUACUCACGUUUCAUUGGCCAAAACAAGUCACGUGGCCAAGCUUAACUUCAAAGGGAAGAAAGGGCAAUCCUGCUGUGUUCCCGGAAGGAAGCGCCCCGUUGACCCCACGUUGUCAUGGUUAUUUUGUAACUGGUUGAGUACUGGACACUUGCAUCGAAAAGAUGCAGAAACAAUUUUUUAAAAA